UAACUUCAAUAGAACUGAUGUAAGACAGAUUCGAAGCCCAACCUCCUUUACUUAAAUCCAAGAAGUAAGCUGCCUGUCUCCAUUGCAUACCUCGUGGCAUUGAGGAGCGCACCUACAGUGACUGGAUUACCUGUGAACAAACAAGAGGAGAUCAAUAAAAGAACAUUUGGCUACUUUUCGGCGGGAUUAACUGAUAUGCAGCAAGCAACUCUGGUCUGGAGAUAGAGCUUUUCAAUUAACAGGCGUGAAAACGAAAUCAUGGCUUUCUUGUGAGAGGUACUUUGAUACUCUAAGACCAAUAUUGCGCGAGUACAGUGAAAUUCAGCCACCCACUGCAGAAUGUCAAAAUCAUCAGAUCAGUUUGACGGCCCUGACUGCGUCUGUUCUUUUGGGAUGAAGUUAACAUGGGAUAUCAACGACCCCAAAUUACCACAGGACACGAAACAGUACGACGCUUUCCAGGAAUGGACGGACGGCUAUGUUCGCUACAUCUACAGCGCCGAGGACAAGAACGCGCAACGACACUUGAGCGGCUGGGCUAUGAGGAACACCAACAAUCACAACUGUCAGAUUCUCAAGAAGUCUUGCCUCGGCGUUGUUGUCUGUGCCAGAAACUGCACACAUACAGAUGGAAGCAAACUCCAACUCCGACCGGCAAUUUGUGACAAGGCACGCCAAAAACAACAGAAAAAACUCUGUCCCAGCUGUAAUUCAGCCCUGGAGCUCGUGCCUUGUCGAGGACACAGUGGAUACCCUGUGACUAAUUUUUGGAGAGUCGAUGGAAAAGCCAUAUUUUUCCAGGCAAAAGGAGUCCAUGACCACCCAAGGCCAGAGAGCAAAUCGGAGACUGAGGCCAGGAGAAGUGCUGUGAAGAGGAGAAUGUCCUCUCCACAUUUCUCUCAAAAGAGGAGGCUGCUGGACUCAGAGACAGGAAGAUACCACGACACGGGGGGACCGUUCCCCGGACUGCACCACUUGUCCUGCAUGGAUGGCUCUGACAGGUUUAGCAUCAUUGCCGAGUCCAACAUCCCCAUCCAGCACUACCCCACCUUCCAGAACGCGGAGCCCUACAAGUUUGCCUAUGACACUCCUAGCCCUGUGGGCGAGGCUGCCUCCCCGCUGCAGAAGCCCACCAACCACCGUCUGUAUGUGCCACGCCCGCCCUGCGGCUACGACUUUGCAGUGCCAGGGUACCUGGGCUCGGGCUCUUACGCCGCUCUCUACAAGGACACCCUCAGCCCUCAGCCUGACAGCGACGCGGCCAAGGUCUGCGUGGGUCUGAACGGGCCGCAGCACAGCGUCAGCCCCCUGAACGUGCACGACCGCGGCUACGACACCUCGGGCAAACACCACAGCUGGAAGCAGAUACACGGCAAAGGGGCCUACGGGGAGCGGGUUGAUUACGGACAAAUCCCCGCCAACUCCAACCACCAUUACUACAACGGCGAGUACCCCUGCCGGUACACCGGCCCCGCCCCCGCCACGCCCGCUGCUUUACAGACCAUCAUAACCACCACCACCAAAGUGUCCUACCAGCCCUGCAAGCCCUCUGUGGUUAAAUACAGUGACAACCUCUAUGAUGUCAAAAGCCUUCCCAGCUGCAACUCUCUGCUGGAAGGGGGAUCGCCCCCCUCCUAUCCCGAAAUAAAAGUUCCGGAAGAUUCAGGGGUUAUCAAAUCGGCUUUAACAUAUCAGCAAGAGGUGCUGCCAGCCAAAGCCGAAAGAGCAGAGAACCUCGACACCUACCGGUAUGGCAGCUACUCCUCCAAUAAUUACCCAGAGCGGAUAUCUCACCCGUUUAGAUUUGAGAAUGGAGAGUUCUGACCACUUACUGCCUCAAAUGGAAAGACAUCAACAAAAGACUUGAUCAAAGCUUCAUUGUCAUUAGUUCAUGUCAACAGG